AUGCCUGCUGCCAUUUAUACUCUAAGCCACUUCCCAAUUCUACUGUUAACUAAUACGCAGUUAAUAUAUGUUCAAGUUCCUAUAGUAAGUAACGAUAGAUGCAAAAGUAUGUUUUUAAGAGCCGGUCGACAUGAAUUCAUUCCCGAUAUUUUUCUCUGUGCGGGAUAUGAAGGAGGAGGACAAGAUUCAUGUCAAGGAGAUUCAGGUGGACCUUUGCAGGUAAAAGGAAAAGACGGAAAGUACUUUUUGGCGGGAAUCAUUUCUUGGGGCAUAGGAUGUGCGGAAGCCAAUCUACCAGGAGUAUGUACUAGGAUAUCAAAAUUUGUACCAUGGAUACUUAAAAUUGUGACUUAA